AUGGCCGGCGAGCGGCUGGUGGCGGAGGGGAGAGUCAGCGCGUUGAGCUUCUUCCUCGGCAUGUCCAUCAUCUUCCUUCCGGUCAUCGCCAACCGAUACAUCGAGGCCGGGCCCGGCCUGCUGGGGAGCAGCGGAGGACGCGUCACCCUCACCGCCUUCGUCGCCGGACUCAACGGGAUCCUCCUCCUUCUCUACCGGGGGACUCUCUACCAGGUGGCCAUCAGAGCCGCGUUCCUGGGCUUUGCCUUCGGCUGCGGGUUGUUGGUGGGUGUCAGCCAAUCACAGUGGAGGCACUUCGGAUGGUACGUCUGUUCUCUGUCCUUCUUCCACUACUCCGAAUACUUGAUCACGGCGGUGAACAAUCCCAAAAGCUUAUCCCUGGACUCCUUCCUGCUGAACCACAGCUUGGAGUACACGCUGGCGGCCAUCUCCUCCUGGGUGGAGUUCACCAUCGAGAAAACCAUCUGUCCAGGCCUGAAGCAGAUAACAUGGCUGAGUGUGAUUGGUCUGGCGAUGGUCAUCUUCGGGGAAUCUCUGAGGAAAUCUGCAAUGCUGACAGCCGGCUCCAACUUCAACCACAUCGUCCAGAAUGAGAAGUCGGAGACACACACCCUGGUGACCUCCGGGGUCUACUCCUGGUUCAGACACCCUUCCUACGUCGGGUGGUUCUACUGGAGCAUCGGGACUCAGGUUUUGCUGUGCAAUCCGGUCUGUCUGGUCGGCUACACUCUGGCGUCCUGGCGCUUCUUCCGCGAGCGGGUGGAGGAGGAGGAGUAG